ACCAGCGUGCUCGUGUAAACAAAGCGCGUCCGCCAGAACCCGCGCAGGUUCAUCAUGUCUCAGGUGGAUAAUUCUGACAGGUUGUUUAGUCUGCUUCACCUUCCUCGCCUUCUCAAGGCGAUGUAAGAGCUUCACCAUGACUGUUCUGGCAGCUUUGGGACUUCUCCACCUGUGUGUGUCCGCAGGUGCGUCGAGACCGGUGAGGAACCCAGGUGGACCAGGUGACGUGUCUGCAUCCAUCAGCGCCUCCACCACGCUGCCCAACGGGACGGCCGUGGCCUACCGCGGCUCGUCCGUGUCCCUCCGCUGCUCCGCCGCGUCCUCCCCGUCUCAGCGGCUGACCUGGACCUUCGCGGGGGCCUCGUCCAGCAACGGCUCGCUGGCGUCCAGCUCGGGCCCCUCGCUGGACUUCAGGAUGGACCAGGUCCAGCCCAACGCUCAGGGAGUCUACAGCUGCGUGGCCGCCAACGCCGUCUCCAACCAGACGGCCAACAGCAGCGCGGAGCUGCUGGUGUACUAUGUCCCCGACGGCCACCCCGAGUGCAUGUGGGUGCCAUCUGUAAACUACUCCCACGUCCAGCUCGUCUGCUCCUGGUCCGGAGCGUACCCCGCCCCGGAGCUGCGCUGGAGGGAUGAGGCCCAGGACCCGGCCCAGGACCCGGCCCAGGUGGCCGACAGCCUGUCCCUGACCCUCAACGCCUCCCUGCUGUCCGACGGCCAGACCGUGAGGUGCACGGGCCGGCACCAGCUGCUCGGCCCGGGGGAGGAGAGGACCUGUUCGUUUACCUUCAGGUCCCCGUACCCCGAGGGCGAGCCCCUGGCCACAGCUCUGGAGGCCACCAGCGUCACCCUGACCUGCAGAGAGGUCUCGUCCGUCCCACCGGCCGACACCACGUGGAGAAGAGGGCAGCAGCAGGACGUCAUCGUGCCCGGGUCCAAGUACGUCCUGUCGGAGGACGGCCCCGCCCUCAAGCUGACCAUCCUCAACGUCAGCCAGGAUGACCAGGGCGUGUAUUUCUGCCGCAGCCAAAACGCCCUCGCCGUCCGCGAGCUGGAGGUCUACCUCACAGUGAAAACGUCCUCUGCGUACACGGGAGCAGCGAUCGGACUCUUCAUCGCGGCUCUGAUCGCUGCCUUGGCCGUGGUCGUGGCCAAAACCCUUUACGCCAGCCGACACCGAAUCUGCUUGGGAGGAGGCUUCGAGCAGAUCGAGGAGGACCGGGCCGAGGUGCUGAGUCUGGUGGACUCGGAUGACGAGCAGCUCUUUCAGGACGCCGUCCCCCAGCUGCCGCCCGUGACCCCCGACCCCCAGACCACGCUGGUCCAGAUACAUCGGAUCCCGUCAAGCGAUCACGAGGAUGCGGAGACGGCCGAGGCGAGCUGGCAGCAGCUGGAGGACACAGAGCAGACGGACGAGCCGGAGGAUCUCGUAACAUUUUAGGUGCCGGGUAUUUUUGGAUCAAUGUGAUAUUGUUUUUUUAAGUAAAUACAUUUUAAUCCCAAUGACAAUGUGAACUGAAUUGGUGGAAGACACUUAUACAAAAAAAGAAAAGAACAACCUCUGUUACUUUUUUAAAGGGCAUUCUGAACAUUGUACAGCAUUUUGAAUGUAAGAAAUUCAUGAAAUAAAUGUCUUUGGAAACAAA